AUGUAUUUAAUUUACAAUGUUUCUUGUAAUAAAUUACCCCAAAUUAAAUGCUUUAACGGAAAAAUUAUUCUAACUGAUGGAAAAUUUCAGAAAUCAGUUAAGCAAUUCAAAUUUGUACACAUCAUUCACACACAAUUUGAUUCAUUAAACAAAAGUGAUGAUAUAAAGAGCUCAUUUAAUUUAUCGCAGUCCGUGAAUGAUGAUGAGCAUGAUUUAGUCGAUGACAUAAAAGGUGACAUCACUCUUGAGGAUUCAAGUUUCGAUUUAAAAUCUAACAAUUAUUUCGAAGCAAGAAAUAAGCUAAGAAAAAAAAGGAUAUCUUAA